AUGGGUACCUGGAACGUUCAAACGUUAUGGGUAACAGGAAAACUAGAACUGCUAAGAAAUGAAAUAAAACGUUUCAGGUUCGAUGUAAUUGGCAUCUCUGAAGUACGUUGGACAGGAAAAGGAGAAAUAUCAGGUGGUGGCUUCAUUUUGCCAGGAGAAGAUACUACACACAACAGAGGUGUAGGAAUGUUACUAAGUGCAAGAGCAAAACAUACACUAAUAGGAUACAAUCCGAUUAGUUCACGAGUAAUCACGGCUAGAUUCCAUACAACACCAUUCAAGCUCACCGUAAUACAGGUGUAUGCGCCAACACCAGCAUCAUUAGACGAUGAAAUCGAACUAUUCUAUGAUAGCAUCGAACAUGCACUAACACAAACGCCUAAAAAGGAUAUAGUAAUCGUAACUGGUGAUUGGAACGCAAAAUUUGGCAGCGAGAAUACAAAUUGGGAGUUGGUCAUGGGUAAAUAUGGAUAUAGUGACAGAAAUGAACGAGGCGAUCGACUCACAGAGUUCGCAGCACUACACAGUCUAUAUAUUUGUAAUACACGAUUUCAACAGAAAAAUAUAUAUGAAAAAGCUCAAUCAGCAGUACAAGUGGAGAAAGAAACAGGAGAAUGGUUUCAAACCAGUGUUGGAAGCAGACAAGGAGAUCCUCUGUCACCACUACUGUUCAUCACAUAUCACGAACUAGUAAUGGACAAGGUAAUGCAGACCAAUGAUGGAAUAAAUAUCAGUAGAACACUAGUGAAUAACCUACGGUUCGCUGAUGACAUUGAUGUCCUAGAAGAAGACUGCGAAUUACUACAUCAACAAACAGAACAAAUAAGAGUUGCAGCGGAAGAAGCAGCACUAAUCAUGAAUACAAAGAAAACAAAAACACUGGUAUUCGGCGACAGAAACAUUGAAAAACAUGUUCAAAUAGCAGAAACCACAAGAGAAAAUGUAGAACAGUUCGAGUAUCUUGGUAGUCUAAUCACAUGGGACAACAACUGUACUGAUGAAGUCAGGAAAUGA